AUGAGCGAGAUCAACGUCACGCCCUUCGUCGACGUCAUGCUGGUGCUGCUGAUCGUCUUCAUGGUGACCGCGCCGCUGCUGACUGUCGGCGUCCCGGUCGACCUGCCCCAGACCCGGGCGCAGAACAUCUCCGAGCCGGUCGAGCCGCUGGUCGUCACGGUCGAUGCUCAGGGCGCGGUCUACAUCCAGGAAACGCCCGUCGAACUCGGCGUUCUGGUUCCUCGACUGGUGGCCAUUACCGAGAACAAUCCGGAGACGCGCAUCUACAUUCGCGGCGACCGCAGCCUGCAGUACGGAACGGUGAUGCAGGUCAUGAGCACGAUCAACGCCGCCGGUUUCUCGCGCGUCGCCUUGAUCGCCGAGUUGCCGCCCCCCGAACCGGGAGCCUUCUCGAACGUGACUCUCGCGGAGCAAACCGCACAGAAAGGGAACGGGAUGACCGCCGCGCUGCUCGGCUCGGUCGCUCUGCAUCUUGCUGUCGUGGGCUUGGCCGUGGUGGGAUUGCCGCGUUUGAGCGAACCGCCGCCGAUCGCACCCGUCUUUUCGGUCGAUCUCGUGAGCGUGGACCAGUUGGCGGAGGCGGCGGCGCAGAGUGAGGCGGAACUCGCCGGCGUGCCCGAGGCACCCCAGGCCGAGCCGUCCGAGAGCCCGCCGGACACGGCGGAGCCGCCGCCGGUGCCCGAGGCCGCGCCCACGCCGCCGCCGGAGCCGGCCUCUCCCCCAGAGCCGGAGCCGACACCGCCCCAAGCCGCGGAGGCGCCGACGCCGCCGGCCGCCGAUGCUGUGCCGCCGCCGGAGCCCGCACCGGAACCCGAGCCGGCGCCGGAGCCCGAGGUGGCGGCCGUCGAGCCGGAAGAGCCGGAACCGGCCCCCGAGCCCGAAGCGCCGGCGACCGAGGCGCAGCCGUCCGAGCCGGAAACCGCUCUGCUGGCCGACGUCACGCCGCCAAUUCCCCAGCGCCGCCCGCAGGACCGCCUGCAGUCGGUGCUGCGCAACGUCCUUCAGAACCAGGAAGAGCCUGAGCCGCGCCAGACCCAGCAGGCGGCCCGGCCCGGCCCGGGCAAUGCCCUACCGUCCAGCGCCGAGGUCAAUCAGCUCGGCCAGAUCAUCCAGAACAAGAUGGCCUACUGCUGGCGCUUCGAUCCCGGUGCGCGCAAUGCCGAGGAGUUCCUGGUGGUGAUGAAUAUCGAGCUGACCCGAGAGGGUUUCCUGAUCGGCGAACCGCGCUUCGAGGAUCCCGGCCGACUGAACAGCGACCGCUUCUACCGCGCCGCCGCCGAAAACGCCCGGCGCGCCGUCCUCGAGUGCGCGCCCUAUACCGAACUGCCCCAGUCCCAGUAUGAGGAUAACUCUGUGAUUCUCGUUCGCUCUCUUCCGUUCCCGCCUGUCGCAGCCGGCCUGCCGCUGCGAGUCCUUUACGUUUUCCUCGGUGCGUUGUUCGCUGCCGGUUUGGCCGCGGCGCCGGCCCGGGCGCAGCUCACCGUCGACAUCGUGCGGGGCUUUGCCGAGCCGCUGCCGAUCGCGGUGACCGAUUUCCAUUCGGACACGCCGGAGCAGGCGCAGCUCGGCGCCGAUAUCGCCAAGGUGAUUUCGGACAAUCUGGCCCGCUCGGGCCUCUUCGUGCCGAUCGAUCAGCGGGCCUUCAUCCAGGACGUCGCGAGCAUCCAGAACGGCCCGCGCUUCGCCGACUGGCGGCUGAUCAACGCCAAGGCGCUGGUCGGUGGCGGCGUCGAGAUCACGUCGGACGGUCGCCUGCGGGUCUUCUACCGCCUGUGGGACGUGCUGGCGGAACAGGAGAUGACCGGGCUGGGUUACACCACCACGCAGUCGAACUGGCGACGGAUCGCCCACAUCAUCUCCGAUGCGAUCUAUAAGCGGAUGACCGGCGAGGACGGCUACUUCGACACCCGUCUCGUCUAUGUCGCCGAGAGCGGACCGCAGGAUCGCCGGGUCAAGCGGCUGGCGAUCAUGGAUCAGGACGGCGCCAACCAUCAGUUCCUGACCGAAGGCCAGCACCUGGUCCUGACGCCGCGCUUCUCGCCGACGACUCAGGAAAUCACCUACUUGUCCUACGAGAACAACAGGCCGCGCGUGUAUCUGCUGGAUCUGCAGACCGGGCGCCGCGAGGUGCUGGGCGAUUUUCCGGGGAUGACCUUCGCGCCGCGGUUCUCCGCCGACGGCAACAAGGUGGUGAUGUCGAUGGCCGAAGCAGGAAACAGCGAUAUCUACACGAUGGACCUGCGGACGCGUCAGGUGCAGCAACUCACCCGCAGCCCGGCGAUCGACACUUCGCCCUCCUAUGCGCCGGACGGGUCGCGCGUGGUCUUCAACUCCGACCGUGGCGGCUCUCAGCAACUCUACGUCAUGAACGCCGACGGAUCGGACGUGCGCCGCAUCUCCUUCGGCCAGGGGCGUUACGCCACGCCGGUCUGGUCGCCGCGCGGCGAUCUGAUCGCCUUCACGAGGAUGCACCAGGGCACCUUCUAUAUCGGCGUGAUGAAGCCGGACGGUCAGGGCGAGCGCAUGCUGGCGAGCGGCUUUCUGGUGGAAAGCCCAACCUGGGCUCCCAACGGUCGGGUCAUGUCUUUCUACCGUACCGAGAGAGCUACAUCGCAGGGUCAGCAACGCAGCCGGCUCUACACAAUCGAUCUGACCGGGUUCAACGAGCGGGAGGUGAUCACGCCGCUCGACGCGUCUGACCCGGCCUGGCGAUCAACAGAGAACAGGUGGUUCGGGGGACAUCCUGAAACCCGGACGUCAGAUAAGGGGAUUCUCGCAAUCAUGAAGCUCAAGUACGUUUUGAUCGCAGCAGCGACGCUGAUGUUGGCCGCUUGCGAAAGCGCACCCGACGAUCAGGCCGGUGCGGGGACCUCUCCGCAGACCGGUGGUGGCUCAACCGUGGGCGCGGCCACCGACCAGGUCGUUGCGGGAUCGCGUGAAGAUCUGGUGCAGCAGGUUGGCGACCGGGUCUUCUUCGGGUUCGAUUCGGCUGAGCUCACCUCCGACUCCCGCGCCACGGUCGACCGUCUGGCGGCCUGGAUGCAGCAGAACCCGACCGUGACCCUGACCGUCGAAGGGCAUGCGGACGAGCGCGGCACCCGCGAGUACAACCUUGCGCUGGGCGAGCGCCGCGCCAGCGCGGUACGGCAGUACCUGAUCGCGCUGGGCAUCGCGCCGACCCGCGUCGGGACGAUCAGCUACGGCAAGGAGCGGCCGGCCGUGCUCGGGUCCAACGAAGCCGCUUGGGCGCAGAACCGCCGCGGCUUGCGCCGUCUCGUGCAAAGCGGUCUUGAGAAGAUCCUGAAGGGUGCCCGCUGCCGCUUGCCGGCGGCGGGCACUUUUCCGUUCACGGCAAGGGGUCGGGGGACAAGAGUGCGACCGCGUGCGGUGGCGGCUUGGCAACCGCACGUCAGACGACAACUCCGGAAAGCUGUCAUGGCCCUUCUUCGCUUCGCCCCAACCUCUUGGUCUCCGGCUCUGCUCGCAGCCUUCUUGAUCUCCGGUCCCGGGCUGGCCAACGCUUCGGAUCGGGACCCGGCCGGCGCUGCGAUCGGCGAGCCGACCCUGGCCCUGGCGGACGAUCUCGCGGCGCUGCAAGCGGAGGUCUCCGGCCUACGGAGCGGCGCGGCCGAGAUGGCCGGAGAGCGUCUCCUUCUGACGUCGCAACUGACCCAAACGCAACUGACUCAGGCGACGGGUCUCAAUGCCGGUCAGGCGGCCCAGUUCGAACGACGGCUCUCCGCUCUGGAGUCCGAGUUGCGCCGCAUCACCGGCCGCGUCGAGGACGCCGAUUUCGGCGUGCGCCAGCUGCAGCAGCGAAUGGACCGUUUCGAAUCCGAGACCAAGGCCCGGCUGCUGCGGCUCGAACAGGGGCAGGGGCAGCCGGCUGAGACACCCACCGCGACCUACACACCGCCGGGCGGGAGCGGGCCCACCGUGGUGGGCAGCAGCGAACCAUCGACCGCGGGCGCGGCGACCGGAGAUCCCGGUACCGCUAUUGGCCAGCUCGGCCAAGGGGAGCCGGCUCCCUUGGAGCCGCGUUCCCUCGGGACCAUCAGCGAUCGGGAUCUGGCCGCGGCGCGCCAGACGACGGGUGUUGCGGGGGCUGGUGCUCAGGCGACAGGCGGCCAGGGCGCGGGCGCCGUUGCCGGGUCGUCCGGUCAACAGCAAGCGUUGGCACCGGCCACGCAGCUUCCGAGCGACGAUCCUCAGGCAGCCUACAAUUCGGCCUUCGAGCUGCUGCGACAGAUGAACUAUCCGGCGGCCGAGUCCGCUUUCGGCCAGUAUUUAGAUCUCUAUCCCGACAGCAAUCUGGCAGGCAACGCAAAGUACUGGCUCGGUGAAACCCAUUAUGUUCGCGGCGACUACGAGACCGCUGCCGUGGUCUUUGCCGAGGGCUAUCAGAGCUAUCCGGACAGCGGCAAGGCGCCGGACAAUCUGCUGAAGCUGGGCAUGUCCCUCUCCAACCUCGGCGCAACCGACGAUGCCUGCGCGACCUUCUCGGAACUGCAGCGCCGCUAUUCCAAUGCCGCACCGACCGUCCUCCAACGCGUCGCCGCCGCCGUCUCCGGCGGUCCCGACUCCCUUGCCCUGGCUUGGCUGUUGCAGUCCUGGCUGGCCGCACGGGGCGGCCGUCUGCUCGCUCUCAUCGUCGACCACCGCCUGCGUCCGGAGUCCGCCGAGGAGUCCGCCACCGUUGCCGCGCGGCUCAAGGCCUUGGGAAUCGCGAGCCGAGUUCUCGUCUGGAGCGACGGCCUCGGCGUGUCGACGGGGUCGCAGGCAGCGGCGCGGGAGGCACGCUACCGCUUGCUGGGCGAGGCCUGCAAAAAGGCGGGUAUCCUGCAUCUGGCGCUGGGGCAUCAUCGCGACGAUCAGGUUGAGACCUUGCUGCAGCGCGCGGAUUCCGGCAGCGGUCCGGAUGGCCUGGCCGCGAUGCCGGCGAUCUCGGAACUCAUGGACUUCAGGCUUCUGCGGCCCUUCUUGGCGCAGCCCAAGGCACGGCUCGUCGCCACCUGCCGUGCCGCAGGUCUUGCCUUUGUCGAAGACCCCAGCAACCACGAUGUGCGCUAUGCGCGCAGCCGGCUGCGGGCGCGCACCGCGGAACUGACCGAGGCCGGGCUCGACCCUCGCUUGCUCGCCGACCUGGCGGCGACGGCCGGCCGCCGGCGCGCUGCGACGGAAGCGCGCGUUGCCGCAUUGCUCGUCGAUACCGUCUUCCCGCAUCCCGCCGGCUUCGCCAGGGUCGCGCCCGGUCUGGUGGAGGCGCCGGAUCCGCUCGCGCUGCGGGCGCUGGCGCAGCUGCUCGCCUCUAUCGGUGGCGGCCGCUGGCCGCCGCGUGCGGCGCGCACCCAGCGGGCCCUAUCACGUCUUCGCGAGCAGCCUCGGCGUCCAGCCACGCUCGGCGGCUGCCGCCUUUUGCCCGGGCGUGACGGAGGGGACCGCGGUGAAGGCGCGGCCGGCGGCUGGCUGGCGGUCCGCGAGCCGACGGCCCAGGCCUGCCGGCUCGCGCCCGGUCAAAGCCUGCGGUGGGACGGUCGCUUCUGGGUAUCUCUCGGCGUCGAGGCGCCGCCCGAUCUGUCCGUCGGACCGCUUGGCGAGGCCGGUUGGCGGGCGGUGCUGGAGGCGCGGCCCGAACUGAAGGCCGCCGUGGCGCCGUCCCUCGCGCUCCCGGCCGCCGUCCGGGUUUCUCUGCCGGCCCUGUUCGAGCGGGAUGUGCCUCUGGCAGUACCGCAGCUUGCCUUUACCCGGCCAGGUUGGGAUCCGGAUCUCUUCUCCAGCCGCUUCCGCCCCCAGCGCGCCUUGAGCAACGGGCGCUUUUGCGUGCCGCGAUCGGUCGCGGAAGCCGGAUCGGAGACGAGCUUUACAGUGGCCUACUCCACCUUUCUGGACCGGGUCGAAGGCGGCAACGUUCGCGACGUGACCAUUCAGGGUCGCCAGAUCGAGGGCACCUACAACGAUGGCACGCGCUUCUCGACCUACGCGCCGGAGGAUCCGGGAAUGGUCGAGGGACUGCGCAACAAUGGCGUGCAGAUCAACGCGGCGCCUCAGGAGUCAGCCUCGCCGCUGCUGCAGAUCCUGAUUUCCUGGUUCCCGAUGCUGCUGCUGAUCGCCGUCUGGAUCUUCUUCAUGCGGCAGAUGCAGGGCGGCGGCGGCAAGGCCAUGGGCUUCGGCAAGUCCAAGGCCAAGCUGCUGACCGAAAAGCAGGGGCGGGUGACCUUCGACGACGUCGCCGGCAUCGACGAAGCCAAGGGCGAGCUGGAGGAGGUCGUCGAGUUCCUGCGCGACCCGCAGAAGUUCCAGCGUCUGGGCGGCAAGAUCCCCAAGGGCAUGCUGCUGGUCGGCCCGCCGGGCACCGGUAAGACGCUGCUGGCCCGCGCCAUCGCCGGCGAGGCCAACGUGCCCUUCUUCACCAUCUCCGGCUCCGACUUCGUGGAGAUGUUCGUCGGCGUCGGCGCCAGCCGCGUGCGCGACAUGUUCGAGCAGGGCAAGAAGAACGCCCCCUGCAUCAUCUUCAUCGACGAGAUCGACGCCGUCGGGCGCCAUCGCGGCGCCGGCCUGGGCGGCGGCAACGUGGUGGUGCCCAACCCCGACGUGCUGGGCCGCGAGCGGAUCCUGCGCGUGCACAUGCGCAAGGUGCCGCUGGCCCCCGAUGUGGAGCCGCGGGUGAUCGCGCGCGGCACGCCGGGCUUCUCCGGCGCCGACCUGGCCAACCUGGUCAACGAGGCGGCACUGAUCGCCGCGCGCGCCGGCAAGCGGGUGGUCACCCACAACGACUUCGAGAACGCCAAGGACAAGGUGCUGAUGGGCGCCGAGCGCCGCUCGAUGGUGAUGAGCGAGGAGGAGAAGGAGCUGACCGCCUAUCACGAGGCGGGCCAUGCCCUGGUCGGCCUCUUCGUGCCGGGCAACGACCCGCUGCACAAGGUGACCAUCAUCCCGCGCGGCCGCGCGCUGGGCGUGACCAUGAACCUGCCGGAAAAGGACCGCUACGGCUACAAGUUGUCGGAGAUCACCGCCAAGCUGGCGAUGAU